AUGCAGAUUUCUAAACACAGAGCCAUUAAAGAUAUCACAGCUACGUCAACAUCUACAACCGGGACAAGCCAUCUUGUAAAGUGUGCAGAGAAGGAGAAAACUUUCUGUGUGAAUGGAGGCGAGUGCUUCAUGGUGAAAGACCUUUCAAACCCCUCAAGAUACUUGUGCAAGUGCCCAAAUGAGUUUACUGGUGAUCGCUGCCAAAACUACGUAAUGGCCAGCUUCUACAAAGCGGAGGAGCUCUACCAGAAGAGAGUGCUGACCAUCACCGGCAUCUGCAUCGCCUUGCUUGUGGUUGGCAUCAUGUGUGUGGUGGCCUACUGCAAAACCAAGAAACAACGGAAAAAGCUUCAUGACCGUCUUCGGCAGAGUCUGCGGUCUGAACGCAACAACAUGGUGAACAUAGCCAACGGGCCUCACCACCCCAACCCGCCCCCCGAGAACGUCCAGCUGGUGAAUCAAUACGUAUCUAAAAAUGUCAUCUCUAGUGAGCAUAUUGUUGAGAGAGAAGCGGAGACAUCGUUUUCCACCAGUCACUACACCUCAACAGCUCACCACUCCACCACCGUUACCCAGACUCCCAGCCACAGCUGGAGCAAUGGGCACACUGAAAGCAUCCUUUCGGAAAGUCACUCUGUAAUCAUGAUGUCAUCAGUAGAAAACAGCAGACACACCAGCCCAACCGGGGGCCCACGAGGACGACUUAAUGGCUUGGGAGGCCCUCGUGAAUGUAACAGCUUCCUCAGGCAUGCUAGAGAAACCCCUGACUCCUACCGAGACUCUCCUCAUAGUGAAAGGUAUGUGUCAGCAAUGACCACCCCGGCUCGUAUGUCACCUGUAGAUUUCCACACGCCAAGCUCCCCCAAAUCGCCCCCUUCGGAAAUGUCUCCACCUGCGUCCAGCACGACAGUAUCCAUGCCCGUCAUGGCAGUCAGCCCCUUCGUGGAGGAAGAGAGACCUCUGCUUCUGGUGACACCACCAAGGCUGCGGGAGAAGUAUGACCAUCACCCUCAGCAGUUCAACUCCUUCCACCACAACCCCGCCCAUGAGAGCAACAGCUUGCCCCCUAGCCCCUUGAGGAUAGUGGAGGAUGAGGAGUACGAAACCACCCAGGAGUACGAGCCAGCUCAAGAACCUGUUAAGAAACUCACCAGUAGCCGGCGGGCCAAAAGAACCAAGCCCAAUGGCCACAUCGCCAACAGGUUGGAAAUGGACAGCAACGCAAGCGCUGAGGGCACUAACUCAGAGAGUGAAACAGAAGAUGAGAGGGUAGGGGAGGAUACACCCUUCCUGGGCAUUCAGAACCCCCUGGCAGCCAGUCUUGAAGCACCUGCCUUCCGCCUGGCGGACAGCAGGACUAACCCAGCAGCCCGCUUCUCGACGCAGGAGGAAUUGCAGGCCAGGCUGUCUAGUGUAAUCGCUAACCAAGACCCUAUCGCUGUAUAAAACCGAAAUAAACACAUAGAUUCACCUGUAAAACUUUAUUUUAUAUAAUAAAGUAUUCCACCUUAAAUUAAACAAUUUAUUUUAUUUUAGCAGUUCUGCAAAUAGAAAACAGGAAAAAAAACUUUUAUAAAUUAAAUAUAUGUAUGUAAAAAUGUGUUAUGUGCCAUAUGUAGCAAUUUUUUACAGUAUUUCAAAACGAGAAAGAUAUCAAUGGUGCCUUUAUGUUCUGUUAUGUUGAGAGCAAGUUUUGUACAGUUACUGUGAUUGCUUUUCCACAGUAUUUCAGCAAAACCUCCCAUAUAUUCAGUUUUUGCUGGCUUCUCGUGCAUUGCAUUCUGAUGUUGACGGGAUGUAUGAUUUGCAAGACUUGCAACUGUCCCUCCGUUUGCUUCUAGUAGCGCCCGAUCAGUACGUCUUGUAAUGGCACAUCCAUCGAAAUACUCUUCUUUUUUGUACGAAGUUUUCUUUUGCUUUCAGUAUAUGAAAUGAGUUGUGUCUCCUCUGCCAGCCAAAGGUUCGCUUCACUGGGCUCUGAGAUAAUAGUAGAUCCAACAGCAUGCUACUAUUAAUUACAGCAGGAAACUGCAUUAAGUAAUGUUAAAUAUUAGGAAGAAAGUAAUAUUGUGAUUUAAAAAAAAACUAUAUUCUUAAUCAGAAGACAGCUCGCUCUCGCGAAAAUGAGCUACCAUUUGCUUUAUUUGGGUUUAUUUUUCUUGACAAAGAGCAACAGUUUGGGGGACUAGCAUAGAAAAUGGAUUCUGGCUUGCUUUUCGGGGUAAACCCAUUACCUUAGCAGAGGACUCCACCUCAGUUUCGGGGGGAAUGACACAGCAGGUCAUCUAGUUGAAAAUCAAACCGUGGCAAAGAAAGGUGCAAUCGUUCCUGACUUGGGUUUCUCGUUGACUCGGGAGCUGGCCAUUGGUUGUGUCGUAUCAGCUCAUGAACAGAUGUGUUAUGGCACAAAAUGACCAUGAAAUGAUGGCACACUCAGCAUUUUGUGUGAAAUACUUCUGCCGUGAAAUACGCCUGCCAUAUGCGGUGAUGACUAGCCAUCCUAGGGAAAUAGGUCUGUUGUAGAGUGUCUAGAAGGAGUGAGUGUGUCUAGAAGGCACAGGUGUGACUUGGGUGCGGUCUUAAAUAGUUGUGUUGCCCUCGCCUUUCUCCUCAUGAUUUUCCUCUUGUUUUUUCAAUGUUGCCUUGAUCAG